CUUAAUCAUACCAACCAAAAAACCUAUUCUAUUUCAACUUCAGCCACCCAUAUGAACACCAUGGAAAAUUCAAAUGAUGAAAAUGCUCUUGUGCCAGAAUUCUUACGACAACAUGACAUAGGCAAAGAAUGCAAGGAGUUAUUACCCACAUUGCGAUUAGAAAAAGGUUUGAUUGCAACUCACUUAUAUCAAUAUCAAGGAUUUUGGUUUUUUCCAAAGAUUCUCAAUGGUGUUUUAUCGUGUCAAAAACACUUUCAAGCUCUUGAUGAUGAUAUCCUUUUAGCCACUUAUCCCAAAUCAGGUACAACUUGGCUCAAAGCAUUGUUGUUUGCUUUGAUAAACCGCAACAAAUAUCCAAAUACUCAUAGCGAUCAUCCUUUGCUCACUAAAAAUCCUCAUGAUCUUGUUUCCUUUUGGGAGAUUGGCCUUUACUACGACAAAGACUUAGUUCCCGAUCUCCAAACAAUAUCUCCUCCAAGACUUUUCUCGACUCAUCUAUCUUAUGAAUCAUUGCCAAAAUCUGUGAAAGACUCGAGUUGCAAGGUGGUCUAUCUAUGUAGAGAUCCUAAAGACACUUUGGUUUCAUUGUGGCAUUUUUUAAACAAGAUAAGACCAAAAAAUAGGGAAACACUUCCAUUAGAAGAAGUUUUUGAGAGCUUUUGUAGAGGAGUGACUUCUUUUGGACCUUUUUGGGAGCAUGUAUUAGGAUAUUGGAAGAAAAGCUUGGAAAGUCCAAAGAAGGUAAUGUUUUUGAAAUAUGAAGAAAUAAAAAUGAGACCAAAUUUUUAUUUAAAAGAGAUUGCUAAGUUUUUGGAGUGUCCAUUCUCCAAAGAAGAAGAAUCUAAAGGCGUGAAUGAUGAUAUAUUAAAUUUGUGUAGUUUUGAGAAGUUGAGUAACUUGGAAGUCAAUAAAUUUGAAAAAACAUCUAAUGAAGUUGAAAACAAAACUUUUUUUCGUCUUGGCCAAGUUGGAGACUGGAAAAAUUUUCUUACAACAGAAAUGAUUGAGCAUAUAAACACAAUCACCGAAAAAAAAUUUGUUAAGCAUGGGUUGAAGUUUUAGAGUAUGAGAUAUUUGAAUUGAUAUUUAUGUUGUAAUGUGCUUUUUUUUGUUGAUGCCCCUUUGGUUUUGUUUGUGUUGUGUAACUUUGAUUUUGUUCUAGUUUUUCUUUGUAACUGUAUGUUAAUUAAGGAGAUGCUUUGUAUGAGAGAUUUUGUUCUAAUUUA